AUGGCGGGAACCCUCAAAGCCCUGACUGCCGCGUUCAGGAGCGCAGCUGCUGCUGGAGUGCCGCCCUCCCCCGCUGCGGUGUCUGCGGUCUGCCACCGCAAACUGCAACGCAGGAACUAUGCAACAAAGCGGAUCAAGGUGGACCAACCGGUGGUGGAGAUGGAUGGAGAUGAGAUGACUCGCAUUAUAUGGGAGUUCAUCAAAGAGAAGCUAAUCCUGUCCAACGUGGAUGUAGAGCUGAAGUAUUUUGACCUGGGACUACCCUAUCGAGACCAAACAAAUGACCAAGUCACUAUCGACUCCGCUCUGGCCACCAAGAAAUACAAUGUGGCUGUAAAGUGUGCCACGAUCACCCCUGAUGAAGCCAGGGUUGAGGAGUUCAAGCUGAAGAACAUGUGGAAGAGUCCCAACGGAACCAUCAGGAACAUCUUGGGCGGCACAGUUUUCCGUGAGCCCAUCCUGUGUAGGAACAUUCCUCGGCUUGUUCCUGGUUGGACAUUACCCAUAACGAUUGGCAGGCAUGCUUUUGGAGAUCAGUACAGGGCAACAGACUUUGUCGUGGAAAAACCAGGAAAGUUUAAAGUCGUGUUUUCUCCGGCUGAUGGAAGCAAGCAGGAGGAGUGGGAGGUGUACAAUUUUACUGCAGGGGGCUGUGGGAUGGGCAUGUACAACACUGAUGAGUCCAUCAGCGGCUUUGCUCAUAGCUGCUUUCAGUAUGCCAUCCAGAAGAGGUGGCCUCUCUACAUGAGCACCAAAAACACCAUCCUCAAGGCCUAUGAUGGCCGCUUCAAAGAUAUCUUCCAGGACAUCUUUGAGAAGAACUACAAGCCAGAGUUUGACAAACUGAAGAUCUGGUAUGAACACCGGCUCAUUGACGACAUGGUGGCUCAGGUCCUUAAGUCUUCAGGCGGAUUUGUUUGGGCGUGUAAAAAUUACGAUGGAGACGUCCAAUCAGACAUUCUUGCUCAGGGCUUUGGGUCUCUGGGUCUCAUGACGUCAGUGCUGGUGUGUCCUGAUGGUAAGACGAUUGAGGCAGAGGCUGCUCACGGCACCGUCACCCGGCACUACCGUGAACACCAGAGAGGUAAACCAACCAGCACCAACCCCAUUGCCAGUAUUUUUGCGUGGACGAGGGGACUGGAACACCGAGGGAAGCUGGAUGGCAACUCUGACCUAAUAAAGUUCUCCCAAACUUUGGAGAAGGUCUGUGUGGAAACGGUGGAAAAUGGCGUGAUGACCAAAGAUCUCGCUGGUUGCAUUCAUGGUUUGGCUAACUGCAAGCUGAACGAACAUUACGUCAACACGUUGGAUUUCUUGGAUGCCAUCAGGACUAAUCUGGACAAAGCUCUGGGCAAAUAA